UCCAAAUCUUUUCUCAUUUCCUAAAUUCAAGCCUUUAUACUUGGACAACAAAAGAAGCCAAACCCCCAAAUUACAAAAAACCGAUAUGAAAAAACAAGCAAGGAUGUAUUUAUUUGAGGUCCCAACAAGAAUGCCUAAUCCUAUCAAGUUCUAAUGGCCACGACACACAAUUCCUCCUUUCUCACCCUCUCCCCCCUUCCUUACCCGGUUCUCUUCAUAGUCUCACUUGCGUUGCUCUUCUUGGGGUUCUCAUCGUGGCUCUCAUUCGAGGCGGUCUAUGAAAGUGCGGUCGAGCAGGCGAGCUUAGCCUUGGCUUUGUGCCCUAUCCUUCUCUUGCUCGCGGUUCGUUGGCUCUCGUCUCUCGAAAACCAUGGCCAAGGGAUUUUUUUCUCAUCAGAUAGGAGACAGACGUAUCGGAGUGCUCAACAGAGUGAAGGUAGUUCUCCUUGGGGUGUGAUGGCCUUCAUUGUAUUGCUUCUAGUCAUGCUUUCUUACCAGUCCACUUUUCUUGAGAAGUGGUUCCCUUAAGCUUGGGUCGCCUGAAAAUUAGAUACUGUUUUUGGAUAUUAGUAUUUUCUUUUUCUUUACUCUUUUUUUUUUUUGGUUGACAAAUAAUAGUGGUAUUUUUUUAAUUCCA